UGCCCUCCCCCGUGACGUGCCGGGCCGUGGCCGUGCAAGGGUGCUGUAGCUGCCAGUGUCGCUGUCAUGGCGUCGGAGGCGCUGGCUGAGGAGAACCCACCGCGAUCUCUUUAGAGCGAGGGGCGGGCGGCUGGGUAUGGAGAGCGGCCCCGAGAGACUGAAGCCGCUAGAACACGGGGUGGCCGCCGGGCCAGCGCCGGAGAUAGAUUCUCCGCCGGAAGGGCGACAGGAGACCGAGCUCGUGGCUGGGGAUGGUCGUGGAGUAUGGGCGGCGGAGAGCUGCGGUGCGAACGGACAGGGGGCGACGGCUGCCGGGGGGAGCCUCUCGGACUCGGCUUCCCCCGCCGGCUCUCCUCUAGUUUCCGGACCCUGCAGCCCCCUCCCGGGCUUGGACUUGAGCGAGAGCGAUUCGGAGAGUAUUGCUGCCCAGAAAGCGCCUCAGAGAGGGCAGCACAAGGUGACUGCCUUCCCGGAGACAGCCGAGGCUGGACCGGGCCCCGGGUUGGGUCCGGCCGUAGAUGCUGGGCCUCCCCCGGCUUCCGCCGGCACCUGCCAGGCAGAGUUGGCGGCCGCGGGCUCCGAGGAGCCCAGCAGCGCCGGCGGCCUCAGCAGCAGUUGCAGCGACCCGAGCCCUCCUGGGGAAUCGCCGAGCCUGGACUCCCUGGAGUCGUUCUCUAACCUGCAUUCUUUCCCCAGUAGCUCCGAGUUCAAUAGUGAGGAGGGAGCCGAGAACAGGGUCCCCGAGGAGGAGGAGGAAGGCGCGGCGGUGUUGCCCGGGGCUGUGCCUCUGUGCGUGGAGGAAGAGGAGGAGGAGGCGGGGGAAGCAGCUCAGGUGUUGGCGGCCUCCAAAGAACGCUUCCCGGGACAAUCUGUCUAUCACAUCAAGUGGAUCCAGUGGAAGGAAGAGAACACACCCAUCAUCACCCAGAAUGAGAACGGACCCUGCCCUUUGCUGGCGAUCCUCAAUGUUUUGCUUCUGGCCUGGAAGGUGAAACUUCCACCGAUGAUGGAAAUCAUAACUGCUGAACAGCUGAUGGAAUAUUUAGGAGAUUAUAUGCUUGAUGCAAAGCCAAAAGAAAUUUCAGAAAUUCAACGUUUAAACUAUGAACAGAAUAUGAGUGAUGCUAUGGCAGUCUUGCACAAACUACAGACAGGCUUGGAUGUAAAUGUAAAAUUCACUGGGGUUCGAGUGUUUGAGUAUACACCAGAAUGCAUAGUAUUUGAUCUUCUUGAUAUUCCUUUGUACCAUGGGUGGUUAGUGGAUCCACAGAUUGAUGACACUGUAAAAGCUGUUGGUAACUGCAGUUACAACCAACUAGUGGAGAAGAUCAUCUCUUGUAAGCAAUCAGACAAUAGUGAGCUGGUUAGCGAAGGUUUUGUAGCUGAACAAUUUCUAAAUAACACAGCCACUCAACUGACAUACCAUGGAUUAUGUGAACUAACUUCAACAGUUCAGGAAGGAGAACUUUGUGUGUUCUUUCGGAAUAAUCAUUUUAGCACCAUGACCAAAUACAAGGGUCUACUGUAUUUGUUGGUAACAGACCAGGGAUUUCUUACUGAAGAAAAAGUUGUUUGGGAAAGCCUACACAAUGUUGAUGGUGAUGGAAAUUUCUGUGACUCAGAGUUUCAUCUACGGCCUCCUUCAGAUCCUGAAACUGUAUACAGAGGACAACAAGAUCAAAUAGAUCAGGUAGAUUGGGGGAGAAAGAAUUUCAAAUGCAUUCCAUCCCAAAUGCAUUCCGCCCCCUCACGGGCCCAGCAAAGCCAGCCAGCACAAGCCUCUCCAUCAAGUGGAAGACAAUCUGGGAAUAAUGAACGUAAACGAAAGGAACCUCGAGAAAAAGAGAAAGAGAAAGAAAAGGACAAAAAUAGCUGUGUCAUUUUGUAAUAAGCAUUGGAUUCUUUGGGAACCAUCUAUCUAUCUUGAGAAACAAAACAACAGGAGGAAAGGAAGAAAAACCGAUAAAUACCGUCUGUGCCUGAUUUCCUAAUGGAUUUGUUCAUGUUUUUCAGGGGAAAGGUUGUUACUUAGUCACAAUCAGACUUUUACAAGUCACACAGUACACUUUAUGAGCUGGAGUUUGAUGUUACAAGUUGGAAAUGCUGUGUGUUGUCAUUCAUGAAAAAUACUGCACUUGUAGCCAAAUAAGCAAAUCACAGCAAAUUUUGUGUCAUAGUGACAUUCAUAACUCACAUCAGUUAGUAAGCUAUUUUAUCUUCUGUUCUAACAAUGAGUGGAAGUAGUUGAUUUUGUCUGAUUCCUUCCUGAAAUCUAAAUAUUAGCACAGUAGUUUCUGAACUUAAUUUUUACAAUACUAAAUUAUGAUCUAAUCCACAAGAAACCAUGGGAUUAAUAAAGGGGUUUAAAAAAAAAAGAAGAAACAAAAAUAAUAGGAAUAAACAACUCUUAAUGAUAUAUUAGACUAGUUCAGCCCUUGAGCAGCUUUAUGUUUCUUUAGGAAUGUACAUUUUAGGUAUUAUCUUGAGAACUGAUAAUGGAGUUAAUCCAAAUAAUUAAAUUUGGAUUUAAUUUAGAUAGAAAAAAAUAUUUGUUUUUCUUUUCCAAUAGCAAAAAAAUUAUGCAACACUAAUAUCGUAUCAAAAACAGAUACAGAUGUUAAUGACUUUGUAGUUUUGUGCAAUUUUGAAGAAUUUUGAAAUCUUUAAUAUAGGUAACUUGUACCACAGUUACUAUUUAUUGACUGUGAUAAGUAAGUGUAAGGAGGAAACCACAGUGGAUCCUAGGCCUUGUAAAUAUAGGGAUGUAGAAAAGCAGAUAGUUCAGUGUCUACCUUUUUCUAGCAUUACCUUGAACCUUAAAAUUUAAAUCAUGUUUAUUUGCUAGAAAAUUAAGUAUACUUAUUAAAGCCAACAAUAAAGCACAUUUCUGAAAGGAAGUUAGAGAUAAUCUGAGUCUAGUGGAAAAGCAUUAAUAAAAAUCUGUUUGAGAACAGUAAGAAUUUGAGGAGUUUAUGUAAAAGCAGAUUUUUUUAACUUAUGGGAACCAAAUAAACUUAUAACAUCUUUAGUGUUUAUAGGAUUCAGAAAGAUUAUUUAUUGAACUUUAUUAUGAAGCAACACAUAUUUUCCUGUAUUUCUAGAUAUAGUUUGAAAAACUAUCCUUAAUAGUCCUUUUAUAUCCUUUAUAUUUAAAAGUUUGUUUUAGUCAUUUUUGAAAAGACUGUUGCUGCUGCAAGUAGUUAUGUGAUUUACAUUCUAAGCUCCAGUAGAUUUGAAGAGCAUCUUUAUCUAACUUGUGCAUCUGCUUGGAGAAUGUUUUUGUGGUCUGGGGAGACAAUAGACUACAAAAAAAUGUGGUCUAGGUUUUUUAAGCUAUGUCUUUAACAUUCUCCAUGAUCCAAGACCAGUUAUAGGAUGAGUCUAUAUGUAAAAAGUAAAGUCUUAUUUAUGAAAGGAAUUAUUCUAAGGGAAAAAUUAAAAUCCAGGGUCAAGCUAUAUCUUCUAUGUCCUUCUGUAUUGCAUGUCUGUUUAUCUUAUACCAUUUGCUAUUCCUUCAAAUUUUCUAUGUUAGCAUGAUAAAUCAUCAGAGAACCUGUUUGGGGUAUAAUACUUUGAUACAAAAUAUUUCAUGAGUUUCUUGAUAAUAACCCAGAAUAUGCAUACAUUGGUAAAGUAAUUAAAUGUACUACAAAAUCAUCUGUUGGCUCAAACAAGUUGAUCUUAAUCCAGGUUUACUCUUGAUAUCACUGCUGGUGGAGGGAGGAAACUCAAACCUCAGGGUUCGUUUUUCCCAGAACAGAUAGUAGUGACAGUGCAUUAUAUUUUAAUAUGAAAAACAAAACAAUAAAUCCCGAGAAGUUUUUAAAGCAUGUUUGAGGCAUAUUUUUCCAUAAUUAUUAUCUAUUUAUUGCCCUUGAAAAAUGUAUGUAUAGAAGUUACUCUUCUGUUACUUGUUACUAUCUUCUUAAUUUGUUCCAAAGAUUAUACUGCCACUCUGCAUUCCCCCUGAAAGAAAAACAAACUCAGAACCAGCAGUGCUGCUAUCAAAUACAUAGAUACCAAUGUAUACUGAUAAGAAAUAACUAAAAAAUGUAAUGUGUUUAUUAAUUCAGCCUUUUUCUAUUUAAUAUUUCCAAGUUAGCCUUUCUUACAUUCCUGAAAUUCAGUUUGAUAUACCAAGAGUAAUAAUGAUAAAGUGUUCACUUUGAUUACUGUGGGGAAAAAAUUAAACAUUGAAUUCUAUUUAAACAACUUCUCAGAUAUACUGGUUUCCCACCAUUGAAGGUUAUAAAGAAUUUAGAGCUAUCAUGUCUUUGUUUUCUUAUAUUUUAGUUAAGGCAAUGAAUUACAUAUUCAGACAUUUCAUUGCUGGUUUGGGUACAUUGGAAUUUGAUAAUGCUAUAUUAACAUCUUUUCUUCACAGUAUUUUAUAAUACUUGAAAAUUGUUAUAUGUACACUGCUAGCAGAAGUUGGAGCUUAAGCAUUUUUGUUUUUAAUAUUUAUAGGCUAGAUUGGGGGAAAUUUACAUCACGCAAUCACCAUUAGAGCUAGCAAAAGAGUUACAUGAAUGAAUGGAUAUGGUCACUGCACUUCCUUGUGCUUUCACGGCCUAUUCCUUAAGGUUAGUGACCAGUCUUUGUUAACAAUAUGAACAUUUUUCUCUGUGUCUAAUCCCACUGAAUCAAUAGUGCUGUGAUUUACAAUAGGUUAUCAACACUUACAAGUACAUGUGUAUGUGUGUGUGUGUGUUUGAAGCAAGGAUCCUAUCUAACUUAUAUUAGAUUCUCAAAGGAAUGUGGGAACUUUACCUCACAUUUAAGAACAACUAUUUUAAGAAUACACACUAAGUAGCUGGAGGCAGCUAAAAUGGACACUGGCUGCUUCCUAUAAUAUGCUGGCCACUGUGCUUAGUUUAGGUAAAGUAACUUCUUCCAUGUUUCAAGGCUCAGGUUAGCAGUUGAAUGAGACAUAGAUCUAUGGUUAGGAUCAUGCCUUGGAAUAUAUCUUGUUUUAUUGUCUCACGUUUCCAGUACUUGACUACUAAUCCCACGUUAUGUCUCAGUUCUUCCUCAUGCCUCCUGAUCUGCACUUAAGUAAGCAAGUCAGCAUCAGAGAUCAGUUGACUGAACCCAACAUGAACCAUUUCGUAUUUGCGUAAAUCCUUAACAUUUUGUUUUCAGUGAAUCCCAACUCAGUUCACUAAGAGAAGAUCUCAAGAGGAAAAGGGACUAGAAGUCAAACAGAUGUUUGAGGAAAGGACUGUUGGGGUCCCAAUAUUAAUGUUGGCAUAUGAAGCAGAUACUUGUAAAAUGCUGCUGGAGAAAAAGCAAGGGCAAGAAUUUCUAGAAUUAUCCUCAAACAGUAUCACUUAUUUAAAAAUUUUCUUGAAAAGCAAAAAGCAAAUUGAUCACACUUCACUUAACUUUCCUAUUCAAUGUACCAAUUAUUUUUAAAUAGGAUGGAAAGCUUAGGGACUUUACCUAUCACACAGUACUUUGGCAUACAUCUUUAAACUGUAAUUAUAAACUUACCAAUGUUUGAUAAAAUAAGGUGGAGACAUUAAAGAUAGUAUAAAAUUUGUAUUUUAAGGAGUGGAAAUAUGAAAUUCUGAAUCACUUUAUGUCUAAAUCCAGGCUUCUGUCUUUGAGGGCAAACUUUCUGUGCCUCAGUUUACUCUAAAUAUGUAAAGAAUGUUCAAUUUUUUAGUGCUUUGCACUUCUGAAUAAAGGACAUAGUAAAAGGCCAGAGUAUUAAGUAAUCAUAAAUACUACACAUCUUUUGUUCUUGAAUGUGCAUAUUUUUUUUGGGCAAUGACAGUAUUUCUUUAGUUUUUUUAAUGGUAUCAACAUUUGUAGAAUUGUCUUGUCUUUGAGUAUGUCAUAAUCUCAACAGUGUCAACAAUUCCUAAAUUGUAUUUUACAGUUGAUUUUGUGUUCUGUUGACUGUGCAGUCAAAAUCAAGAGCACUUUUGAACUAUAAAAGCAUUAGAAAAUGAUUUUUUUCCCAGUAUCUUCCAUAUAUCUAAAUAUAUUAUUUCUCUUUGCCUUUUCUUCCCUGGAACAAAGUAUGGUGGUAUCAGUUACCAAUACAUAUGUGUAGACUUUUUGCAUGGAUGGAAUUCAUUUAGGUCCCUCAAAUACUGUCAUUUUUAGGUUUGUUUAAAUUAUUUGUUUGUUAACCAAGUGUAAAUGUUACUUGAUUAUGUAUAAUUAAAUUCCUUUUAGAAAGUUAAUGAAAAUUGACUCAUCAGAAUCAAGAGUUCUUAGGUUCCCUGGUAAUGUAAUGUAUUUUUUUUCUUUUUAAAUCAAUGUUCAAUACUUCUAGAGCUGUUGAGAAAACAUAAAGAAUUGAGGUUUCUCUUUAAAACAAACUAAAAUUUUAAAUUGGAGGCUUUCUGAACAAAAUUAAUUACAAAAACAGAGAUAAUGGAGUCUGAGGGAUAAAUUUUAGGACCCUCAUAAGUUUAACAUAUUUUGAAGAUAUAUCUUAAUUUAAUUCUCUUGCUUAACCCCUGUUUUGCUGUUACAGAGUUUAAUAAGUUGUGAUAUACAUACAUUUUUACAUGAAAGAUUCUAGUUUCCAAUUUCACUUUUUUCAUCUCAGAAAAGUUAAACUCAAAAAAUAGGGCAAAAGUCUUCAACUAUUGCCUCAGGUUCAGCUUUGUCCUCUUGCCCUGAGAAAAGAUGAGAUUUACAUUUGUUUGCUUAUAAAAUAUUUUUUAGGGCGUAGUACUAUCCCAGAUUAAGGUUCGAAAUACCAUGGUAAAAACACAAAGCCUAAAGCUUCAGACCACAGAUUUAAAGAACAAAAAACGGAAUUAUUAUUGUAUAUUAUAUCCCUACUUCACCUAAUAAUUAAUUUUAAGAGUUUCUUCAAAUCACUUAAUAAUUUUUCAUCAUUAACUUGAAAAACUUUAUAUCCAUCCUCACUGGAAUGUCCACUCUGAGAGGGAGGGAUAACUCAUAAAUUACCCACAGGGAUAACUCAUAUGAUACACAAAGCAAAAUUCUUCUAAGGGUGAUCCUGACUUCUCUGUCUCUAGUAGUUAACAGCUUUAAAGAGGAAGUCAGGAAACUGAAAUGCCCAUUUAAAUUCCCAAAUCAGUGACCUGUCCAAAUGGGUAUUGUAGCUGAAAUACCCUACAGACUACUUUUAACUAAAGAUAUGUCCUGUGUGUCUCUCAAUUUUAUCAGGUUUUGCUGUUCUUUUUUCUAUCUUAGUUAAAUUCAAUAACCAUUUUUUCCCCAGAGUGCAUAGGAUAUCUCAGCUUUGUGGAUUUUUAAAGAUGAGAAUUUGAAAAGCUUCCAGUGGUUGUUGGUAGAAGGCUAUCUUCCUCAUUAAAAUGACAACUAUUAUUAUCACAGAUCUGCAGAAGUAGGACAAUAUGGUAGAAAA